UAGCUAAUUCUCUGUCUAUCCACUCAGGUCUCCCCAGUACUCCAGACAAGCCGCCUGCCAUUCUAUCUCCCCCUUAUUGUCCUGCACUCACCAACCACUCAAGACCAGCCAGGAUGUCGGUCAGGAAAACCACCAGCUACACCGUCAAGUCCUCUUCCUCCGGGGCAGCCCCUCGCAGCUUUAGCAGCAUGUCCUACUCUGGACCUAGCCAGGGGGUCUCUCGCCAGAGCUAUAGCGCCCGCAGCUCCUAUGGAGGGGCCAACAGAGGCAUGGGAGGUGGGUUCGGGGCCGGUGGUGGAGGCGGCAGCUACAUUUCCAGCUCCUCUGCCUAUGGAGGUGGCAUGGGCCUGGGGAUGGGGAUGGGGAUGGGUGGCAUCUCUCAUGCCCCCAUCACUGCUGUCCAAGUGAAUAAGAGCCUGCUUGCCCCCCUUAACCUGGACAUCGACCCCAACAUCCAGAUCGUCCGCACCCAUGAGAAAGAACAGAUCAAGGGCCUCAACAACCGCUUUGCCUCUUUCAUUGAUAAGGUACGCUUCCUGGAACAGCAGAACAAAAUGCUGGAGACCAAGUGGGGUCUCCUCCAGGGACAGACCACCACCCGCUCCAACAUUGAUGCCAUGUUUGAGGCCUACAUCGCCAACCUGCGCAGACAGCUGGACAGCCUGGGUAACGACAAGAUGAGGCUGGAGGCUGACCUGCACAACAUGCAGGGUCUGGUCGAGGACUUCAAGAACAAGUAUGAAGAUGAGAUCAACAAGCGUACAGAGUGUGAAAAUGACUUUGUGCUCAUUAAGAAGGACGUGGAUGAGGCGUACAUGAACAAAGUUGAGCUGGAGGCUAAGCUGGAGAGCCUGACCGAUGAAAUUAACUUCCUGAGGCAGAUCUAUGAGGAGGAGCUGCGUGAGCUUCAGUGUCAGAUUAAGGACACCUCAGUGGUGGUGGAGAUGGACAACAGCCGUAACCUAGACAUGGAUGCCAUCGUGGCUGAAGUGCGCGCCCAGUAUGAGGACGUCGCCAACAAGAGCCGGGCCGAGGCGGAGACAUGGUACAAGAGCAAGUAUGAGGAGAUGCAGACAUCUGCCACCAGAUAUGGGGAUGACCUGAGAUCCACCAAGACAGAGAUCUCCGACCUGAACCGUAUGAUCCAGAGGCUGCAGUCUGAGAUUGACUCCGUCAAGGGACAGCGUGCCAACCUGGAGAACCAGAUAGCCGAGGCUGAGGAGCGCGGGGAGAUGGCAGUGAAGGACGCCAAGCUCCGCAUCAGAGACCUGGAGGAUGCCCUACAGAGAGCCAAGCAGGACAUGGCCCGCCAGAUCAGGGAAUACCAGGACCUGAUGAACGUCAAACUGGCCCUGGACAUUGAGAUCGCCACCUACAGGAAACUGCUGGAAGGAGAGGAGGACAGACUAGCAACUGGUAUCAAGUCCAUCAACAUAACCAAACAGAGCUCUAGCUACAACUCCUUCCCCUCUGAGAGUGUUAACAGCAGCUACACUAGCGGCUACUCCAGUGGCUUCUCCGGCGGAUACGGUGGUGGAUACGGCAGUGGAUACGGCGGUGGCAGCAGCUACAGCUCUGGUAGCGGCUAUGGCAGCGGCAGCCGCUACGGCGGCGGCAGCGGCACCAGCGUCACCACCCAGAACAAAAAGAGUGUUGUCAUCAAGAUGAUCGAGACCAAGGAUGGCAAAGUUGUUUCCGAGUCCUCUGAAGUGGUCGAUGAUUGAGCGGCUGGAUAAUGCCCCCUUCUCUACUCUCUUGCUCACCAUUCCACUACAGUGUAACAAUUCAAGUCAAAGGUAAACAAUGCUACAUGAGAAGAAAUAUAAAUGUGGCUGUUAAGCAAUAAACAUUUUUAAUCCAACCAAAGAUUUGAAAGGGACCAAAUAAUAUUUUUCUUGUUCAUACUGUAUGUCUUUCGCCUUUUCUAAUUCUGUACUAAAACAAAAUGCCUGCAGUUUGCUACACCACAAGUCAAUAAGCAAAACCAUAAGUUGCAACUUGUAGUACAUUCUGUCCAAACCUAUGCAACCCUGUUAACUGUAUAGAGGGCCAUUCUCUGAGUUCCGUUGCAUGAAAAGGAUGAUAACGUUGUGUUCAUGAGUAGUGUUGCUCAGAGUGUGUGUGAAUGUAACAGUACAGCAGCCGUGUUUUUGGUCAACUAGUCUAAAAUGUCUGCUAGGCUUAAGUAGAAGUGCAUGUCUUCACUGUCGUGUUCUAUUGGACCCCAAAGAAGCUGCCCACAGUGUACUGUUGCCUGAGGUGCUGUUUUUGCUACCAAACAAUUAAAUGUGUUUACUGAAAACUG